AUGUCCGCAACCUGGGCACUUGCCGGAUUCAAAAAGGCAACGAAACAGACCUGGGAGGGAACUGGUAGUAGCCCUACUCCGAGAGCCUGCCGAAUCUCUGCGCCUCUCGUGCCUGCCAAUGGCAGUCUGGUUCUCGGCCAAUCACAGCUAUCCAAACCGGCCAAUAAACUUCAAGACCGACGUAGACGUGUCCUCACUCAAGCCGCUCGGCGGCCUGUUCUUGCGGCGCCGGAUAUGCGCUCUCGUCCGGCUGCCAACUUGCUCCAGCCUGUUCACCAUUCACUCUGUACAGAAUACAACGUGCGCUCUCUCUCCUUCUCUCUACUGGCUUCCAACGUCCCCUCCUUCUAUUCGGGGACGGGACCAGAAGGUCGUAGUGAAUAUCGUCUGCCCAGGACUUAA